AUUAAGCUCCCAAUCCUUACAAUUGUUAUAACAACGAUUUUUACAGGCACCAUACUUACAAUAAUUAGCUCACACUGGCUUCUAAUCUGAAUCGGAUUAGAAAUUAACAUACUAUCAAUUAUUCCAAUCUUAACAAAAAACCAAAAACCACGAUCCACAGAAGCAGCCACCAAAUAUUUCCUUACACAAGCAACAGCCUCUAUACUGCUAAUAUUUACUAUUGUAUUUAACGCUAUACACUCAGGCCAAUGAACCACCACUAAUAUUGACCCUAAUAACAUAAUUGUCUCCCUUACAAUAAUCAUUGCCCUGACAAUAAAACUAGGGAUAACCCCAUUUCACUUCUGAGUCCCCGAAGUUACACAAGGAGUUUCAUUAAUAACAGGUAUACUAUUAUUAACAUGACAAAAACUUGCCCCUAUCUCCAUUAUAAUACAAAUAUUUACAUCAAUUAAUUCAAUUAUCCUCCUAUUAAUUGCUCUAAUAUCAGUCCUAGUUGGUGGCUGAGGAGGACUAAACCAAACUCAAUUACGAAAAAUCCUAGCAUAUUCAUCAAUUGCACAUAUAGGAUGAAUAAUAGCGAUCCUCACAUUCUGUCCAUCCUUAACAAUAUUAAACCUUCUUAUUUAUCUAAUAUUAACCAUCAUUAUGUUUACUAUACUAAACAUAAAUACAAACACAACCACUUUAACCCUAUCAAAUCUAUGAAACAAAUCACCAACAAUCACUAUAAUAAUCCUAAUCUCCCUACUAUCUUUAGGAGGUCUACCUCCUCUUACAGGCUUUCUCCCCAAGUGAGUCAUCAUUCAAGAACUUACAAAAAAUAACAAUAUUGCUAUAGCCACAGUAAUAGCUAUUAUAGCGCUUCUAAACUUAUACUUUUACAUACGAUUAAUUUAUUCUACUUCUUUAACUUUAUUCCCAACACCAAAUAACAUUAAAAUAAAAUGACAAUUCCAACCCAAAAAGCGAUCCCUAUUCCUAUCACCACUAAUUAUCCUAUCCACUUUAACCCUUCCACUAUCACCAGUGUUCUCAACCCUAAAUU